UCCGGUGCCUGCCUGACUCCCUUCCAAGCCAACAUGCAUCGAUCCACAGUCGGUAUUUGCAAUAGUGAUUCAAACUUGCUAACGUCAACUGGCGUUGGUGUUACUGGCAGCUCUUUACCUAAGCAGUCAAAUGGACGUAAGUCAACAGAUAUAUUAAUUAGUGGCGAGAGACAGGUUAAUGCCGACGAAGCUGAUGGCCUGAGCGAAUUAACUAUUAAGGAGGCGGCAGUGGUAUCAUCUGUUGGUGGCAAACUGGCCAGCCAGGCUCCUGCUGUGGGUCGAAAUGGAGGACCAGGAGGUGCAGGGACCACUACUGGGACCGGGUUCUGCGGUUCUGGCUUUGGAAAGCAGAUAAGUAGCAGCACGCCGGGAGGUGGAAAGCAUAGGAAACGCUAA